UAAAAACUUCCAAAAUUCCACCUGCAAUAAAACACCUAUUCCUCGCCGCUGCCACCUCCAAAACCACCGCGCUCCGCCGCAGCUCCCCUCUCCAAAAUCCUACUUCUCCUCAUCCGUAUUUGUCUAUCCUCGAAUGCCUCCGUCUCCUUCAUGUGCAAAUCCAAGAACAAAAUGACCAAACAAGUGAUCCAGCCCACCCCCAAAUCGCCAUCUUCAUCAUCACCUAAAUCCAAAAAAUCCGCCCAAAAUUCCUCCUCCUUCUCCACCGCCUCCGGCAAUUACACCCUCCCCAGCACCGCCUCCACCUCCAGCUUCUACAAAGACUCCCGCCGCUCCUCCGCCUCCUCCCUCUCCAGCCUCCGCGACACGCUUCUCUCCGAUCAGACCCACCUCUACGAUUUCCAUGAAAUCCGCGUCGCCACCAGCAAUUUCCUCCUCAAGCCGCACUCCUCGUCAUCCUCAUCCACCGCCUGGCUCUGCAGCGUCCGCGAUCAGCAGGCGCUAAUCGUGCAGCGGCGCUUCCGCCGCCAAUUGGACACGGCGCAGCUCGUCGAUCGCCUCUCUGUGAUCUGCAAGAGCCAUCACUCUAGUUUGAUUAAGCUGAAAGGGGCUUCAAUUUCCGGUAGCUAUACGUAUUUGGUCUAUGAUUACGUUUCCGGUGCUAGUCUCUCCGAUUGUUUGAGAAAUCCUAAAAACCCUAAUUUUACGGUUUUGUCGAAUUGGGCGUCUCGGAUUCGGAUCGCCUCUGAUAUCGCGCACGGCUUAGAUUACGUUCAUAAUUCGACUGGAUUAGGAUUUGAGUUUGUGCACAAUCAUAUAAAGAGUAGUAGCAUCAUUGUGAUUGAGCCGGAUUUGAAUGCCAAGAUUUGCCAUUUCGGUACAUCCGAGCUCUGUGGUGAGAUCACGAAUGUGGGGUCUAAAGAGAUGAGCAGAUCGCGUAGUAAGAUCGAUAAAUUUGAAGGGACUCGAGGGUACAUGGCCCCGGAGUUUCAAAGAAGUGGGAUUGCCACGCAGAAAUGCGAUGUUUAUGCAUUUGGAGUUGUGAUUCUUGAGCUUGUAUCGGGGAUGGAGGCGUUGACGUACAGAGUUGAUGAGGAGAGUGGCAGUUAUGUGAGGAUAUCGGUCGUGGAUGCAGCCAGGGAGGCAUUGGAGGGUGGGGUGAGGCAGUGGGUUGACAAGAGGCUGAAGGACUCUUAUCCGGUGGAGGUGGUGGAGAAGCUGACGCGGUUGGCAUUGGAUUGUGUGGCAGAUGAUCCUGAUAGCAGGCCGGAUAUGGGGAAGGUGGUGGUUCGGGUUUCACAGAUGUUCUUGGAAUCACAGAAGUGGGCGGAGAAGGUGGGCGUGAUAACUGACUUUAGCGUCUCCUUUGCUCCACGGUGAUGCUUUUCCAAGUUCUAAACUGGAGUUUUGGUUUGUCAAGUUAUCCCAAUUUUUGAACCAUGUAGAUUUUGUUGCAUGAUUAUUGUAGAUUUUAUUGUAUGUUUAGUUAUUUCCUCAUGACAUUGGUUUGUCAACUUGUGCAAAAAUUAAAAUCUUGUAAAGAUUGGAAACACACUAGCUGCAAGGCUUUUCAGCUUACUAGUCAUUUCUUUGUUAGAGAAUUCAUUGUAAAUUUUGUGAUAUGUUUCAAGUUGUAUGAAAAGAGUUUAUUAGAUUC